UGCACCUUGCAGCGCUUAGGCCGCGCUAAUUCUGCACUUGUUCAACUAACAUAUAGCUAGGAUUGGGCACAAGGAUUUUGACAACUAUGGGAACUGAUGUUGGGAUUAUGGCCGGAGAGGAUGAUGGGACUCCCUCUCCGUUUGGCAAACCACUCGGUCCCGUCACGAUAAUCGGGCUGGGAAGAAAAUACAAAUCAUUGGGAAUUUAUGGUGAGGGCUCACGAAGAACCGAGACCAUCACCGAGUCCAAGACUAUUACUACCACCACUACCGAAAUUAUUGAAGAAAUCACUUGGGAAUAUGAAGUGUAUGAUAGGGAGACGCAGACCUCGAUAGAACGCACGGACCACAACUUAAGCCCUGACGAGGCACCGGAAGUUACGCAUAUCCGGGCUGAAUGGGCAACAUUCAAGGAUUUCAUCCUGCGUGACUUCCAUGCAUAUGCGGAUGUUGAUCUUGCUGCAAAGUAUACCGCUGAAGGUGCUACUUUUCGGAAACUCUUGAAGCACUAUAAAGAAGCUUGCGAGAAAGAGGGCCGGAGGGCUGCAGAAAGUUCUGCCGACCCCAGCGGAGCGCAGGAUGGUGACUUUCGGCAACGUUUACUGGACAUGAUGAAUUGGUGCGCUGCCAAAGGUCCCGAGCGUGGUAUUGCGAGGCCAUAUCAAAACAAGAUUAAAUGGGUCUUGUCCUCUCAUGAUGAUACCCAUCCGACUCGGUGUUUGGGAGUGGAGGACCCGGGCUUUUUGCACACCAUGGAGGAAGUCUGUCGCUGGUCGGAUGUUCUUGUGGUGAUGGAUAUUCAGUCAUCUCUCCCCAAACAAAUGGGAGCCCCACUCAAUGCUGAUAUCGGUGAAAGUUCUCGCGUGUUGAGGAAGCGGAGCUACGGAGAGGAAGAGGAAAGGGCAAACGAUUCGCCUCGAAAGCGCUUGCGCACAGGGGAUUCUGAAACAAUGGAUAUUUCACAGCCCAUUGGGUCCCCCCUUGAUAAUCCCGAGACGCCGUCAUCGGGUCUUCCUCUACCCACGGCUGACGACAAAUUGUCCCAGUAUGCCAUGGAGGCGUUCUCAGCACUCGGGAAUCGGCGGCACGUCCUAGGGAUACUUGUCGCAGGCACAAAAGUCCAGUUCCGCUACUAUGACCGCGCAGGGACAAUAUCUUCAACGGAUAUCGAAUUGGAAAAGGACGCUCAAGAAUUCGCUGCUGCGGUUAUGUGCUUUUCCUUGAUGACUCCCCAGUUACUCGGCCGGGAAUUACUAUUCACCCAAAUUCCCAAGUCUGCUCAGACCAAUUCGCCAUUCGGAACGCUCACUGGUGCCAAGAUCCGCGUUGAUGGUUUGAAAUUUGAAAUCGACAAACCCGUCUACGUUUCAAGGGCACUUUUUGGGCGAGGCACAGCAGUGUAUCGGGCAUUUAAUAUCACAGACCAUCCUCCCAUCGACGAUGAACAGGCAGAUGAUGGUGCAUAUUCCUUCGAGGAAAAAGGCGAAAUCUACAAACCAGGCGAGGGUCCACUUCAUUCUCAUGACGAGGAAGAAGAGUAUGAAGAGGAAGGGAACGAAGUUGAGGGAGUUAGAAAUAAGUCACCCCCCGGACGUAAGAGGGCUCCGAAGGUUGUCAUCAUUAAAUUAUCCUGGCAACCAGUCGACUGUGAUAAUGAAGCUGAGCUUCUCAAAGAUGCCCGAAAAGGACAAGAGCCCUUCUGCACUCCUCACCUCUUUGCUACUCGGGUUGGAGGGAAACUGUCCGAUUAUGACAGACGCUUUAACCUCCCCGAUCCUCUAACAGUUCCUGGUCAAUUUGCUGAUCGUGUUCUUCGGGUGCAAGUAGUGGGGCCUGUCUUGAGGCCUCUCUACACGUGUCAAGAUAAUUGGAAAGAAGUACUACUGAGCAUCCUUGAUGGCCAUCAUGAGCUGUUCGAGAACCUCGGGAUUCUACAUCGAGACAUCAGCGUCAACAACCUCAUGUACGAUCCUAACGAACCUGAGUAUGGCUAUCUCAUUGAUUUGGACCGCGCCGAACGAGUUAUGGAUGUGGAAACCAAGACAAUGCUUACUCGCAAUCCAUGUCCGCCUGUCGGGACCAAGGCGUUCCUCUCAAUAGAGCUAUGCACGGACAAACCUGUUCUUCAUCUUUAUCGUCAUGACUUGGAGUCUUUCUUCUAUGUGCUGGCUUGGCUUUUGUCGCGCUAUAGGGAUGGGAAACGCACCAACUCCCAAGCGUUUUCCGAGUGGGGAACAGGCGAUUGGGACACUGUCAAAAAGCAGAAGCAAUCCAUGUUCUCGUCGGAAUAUAAAUAUCCUGAGGACGUACCAUCAUGGGCAACUGCGAGGUGGCUGAUUCCCUUGGGCAAGCUUUUCGAAGCCGGGUAUGCAGCUAAGGAAAAGGCUGUAAAUGAGGGGACGCUGGCGGACUUCGAUGACGAGACGUUGGGAGGGCAUGUGACUUUCGACGGUUUUAAUGCCGUCCUUCAUCGUGAUGAUUAGCGGCGACGGAGGGAUGUGGUGCCAGUGCUUGAAGACUAAAAUCUAUUUAUUGAGACGGUUUCAUCUGCUCAUCUUUGUGCUUGUUUCUAGGAUGUUUGUAUUAUUGUAUUGGAUGUGUAUAAUCUCGCUUCUAUUCCUUGUUGCUCUAGUAAUGUUACGAAGU